AUGGAAGAAAUUAUGUCCUCUUGUUCUCCAAACUUUGGUCAAGAAAACUCAGCCACACUUCAACAACGUCUCCAGUUCAUCGUCCAGAACAGGCCUGAAUGGUGGGUUUACUCAAUUUUCUGGCAAGCCUCUAAAGACAGCAAUGGCCAAGUUGCUUUGUCCUGGGCUGGUGGUCAUUUCCGAAGCUCCAGGGACUUGGCAUCCAAAAGAAGCAACAAAUUAGUCCAUAACUACCAACCCAAAUCCGGGUUCAUCAGUACGGAGAGAAAGAAGGUUGUUAACAGAGAAGUUGAAGCUCUUUUCCAUGAAGACAUGGAUUUGGACGGUGGAGAUGUCACCGACUCCGAGUGGUUCUACUUUUACACGGUUUCUUUAACCCAGUCGUUUGGUGCAUGCCAUGGGACUGGGAAUAUCCUGGGCCGUGCGUUUUGUUCUGGCGGUUUUGUUUGGCUGGCAGGUGACCAUGAGCUUCAAUUCUACGAGUGUGAGAGAGUGAAAGAAGCUCGAAUGCAUGGAAUUCAAACUCUGGUUUGUAUUCAAACUUCAUGUGGAGUUCUUGAGCUGGCUUCUCUGGAUGUGAUCAAAGAAGAUUGGGGCCUUGUGGAGGUUUCCAAAUCUCUUUUUGGAUCAGAAAACAGCAGAGUCUCAAAGCCACAGAGCAGUCGUGAGGGUCAUGUACUUGUUCCUCUGCUUGAAAGUGGAAUGUUUUCAGCUGGACCUCAAAAAGAGUGGACCGCACAAGGUGGUACAAAGGAACGUUUUGCUUUGAAUAUUGGUGGAUCAUCGUCAGACUCAGGGCCUUCUGACUCAGUCGGAAAUUUCACGACGGAGAAUGCGGAGAAUAACGGUCGAUUAAAAAAGAGAGGAAGAUCAUCCAACCAUGGAACUGAUAGAGAAUCACCAAUAAAUCAUGUUGAGGCAGAGAGACAGCGGAGAGAGAAGCUUAACCAUCGAUUCUAUGCCCUCCGCUCUGUUGUUCCAAACGUGUCGAAAAUGGACAAAGCUUCUUUACUUUCUGAUGCAGUUGUGUACAUCAAUAAGCUCAAAGCAAGGGUUGAGGAAUUGGAGGCUAAAAUCCAACAACAACCCCAGAAACCGAAAUUAGGUAUUUUGAGUAAUCUUGAGCAUCAUCAAUCCAACCAAAGUGCCAGUUCCAUAGUCGAUCAUCAUCGUCAACAUCAUCAUCAUCAAGCAAGGCCUAGGCCAGCAUCAAGUUAUACUAAUAGUGAAGUAGCUGGGGCAAUAGAAGUGGAUGUGAAGAUUGUGGGCUCAGAAGCUAUGAUACGAGUUCAGAGUCCGGAUCAGAAUUACCCAUAUGCUAGAUUGAUGAAUGCACUAAAAGACCUUGAAUUACAAGUUUAUCAUGCAAGCAUAUCAAGCGUGAAAGAAAUGAUGCUUCAAGAUGUUGUGGCUAGAGUUCCUCAUGGAUUCACAAGUGAGGAGGCCAUGAGAACCGCUAUUAUAAAAAGAUGGUACAACUAG